AAGCUUAACGCAUGCGAAAAAGCAACUCUUGUAGCAUAGCUACGUAUUAUAACUAUGUAGACAGUGCUUGGCUGUAUAGAACAAGACUCAAUGGCAUCACAGUUGCUAGUGGACGACGUGACUUUGCCAGUGACAAUCAUGGCUGCUAGGAAUCCCUAUAAGUCUCUGUUGAAGAGAAUUAAAGUUGGCGAGAAGGAUCGUCAGUACUUCGAUGUCUCCAGUUUCGACGAUCGCUACGAGAGAUUACCGUUCUCAAUAAGAAUUCUACUAGAAAGCGCCGUAAGAAAUUGCGAUGAGUUUCAAGUAAAGAGCAGCGAUGUCGAGAAAAUUUUGGACUGGGAGAAAAAUCAAACUUUGGAAGAUGGAGUUGAAGUGGCUUUUAAACCAGCCAGGGUGAUACUUCAGGAUUUCACAGGUGUUCCCGCGGUCGUCGACUUUGGUGCCAUGAGGGAUGCUGUUAAAGAAUUAAGUGGCGAUCCUAAUAAAAUUAAUCCAAUAUGUCCUUCGGAUUUGGUCAUUGAUCAUUCGGUACAAGUCGACUUUAAUAGAACUUCGGAAUCUCUGCGAAAAAAUGAGGAUAUGGAAUUCGAAAGGAACAAGGAACGUUUUUUGUUCUUGAAAUGGGGAGCCAAGGCCUUUGAAAAUAUGUUGAUCGUACCGCCGGGAAGUGGUAUCGUUCAUCAAGUUAACCUGGAGUACCUAGCGAGGGUGGUUUUCGAUAGCAACGAUAUUCUUUACCCUGACAGCGUCGUUGGAACAGAUUCUCACACUACGAUGAUCAACGGCCUUGGAGUUCUCGGCUGGGGAGUCGGCGGCAUCGAAGCAGAAGCCGUCAUGUUAGGUCAAGCAAUUUCUAUGUUACUACCCAGAGUCGUCGGCUACAAAUUAGUUGGAAAAUUAAACCAGUACGUCACGUCUACUGAUCUUGUACUUACAAUAACGAAGAAUCUACGUCAGCUUGGAGUCGUCGGUAAAUUCGUUGAAUUCUUCGGACCUGGUGUAUCCGAACUAAGUAUUGCUGACAGAGCCACGAUUUCUAAUAUGUGUCCAGAGUACGGUGCGACUGUAGGAUUUUUCCCUGUGGAUAAUCAGAGUAUUUCAUACCUUCGACAAACUAGUCGUUCGGAGGAACACAUUGAGCGCAUUGAGAAAUAUUUGAAGGCUGUAAGAAUGCUGAGGAAUUACAACGAUGAGGCUCAGGAUCCUAUCUUCUCCGAAGUGGUUACCCUGGACUUGGCUACUGUCGUAUCCAGUGUAAGCGGACCUAAGAGACCUCAUGAUCGUGUUUCCGUGACGGAUAUGAAAGCCGAUUUCGAAGCCUGUCUGACAAACAAGGUCGGUUUCAAGGGUUUUGGAUUGGCACCUGAGAAACGAAAAGUUCAAGGAACAUUUGAAUUUGAAGGAAAAGAAUACAAAAUUACCCAUGGUUCUGUCGUUAUUGCUGCCAUAACCAGUUGUACAAACACCAGCAAUCCAAGCGUCAUGCUUGGUGCAGGUCUUCUUGCUAAGAAAGCUGUGGAAGCUGGCCUUACUGUUGCUCCUUAUAUUAAAACAUCUUUAUCUCCUGGUUCUGGAGUGGUGACUUAUUAUCUACGUGAAAGUGGAGUUAUUCCAGCGUUGACUCAACUUGGUUUUGAUAUUGUUGGAUAUGGUUGUAUGACUUGCAUUGGUAACAGUGGUCCACUUCCUGAUUCUAUGGUGGAUGCCAUUGAAAAGAAUGAACUUGUUUGUUGUGGAGUACUGUCUGGUAACAGGAAUUUUGAGGGUAGAAUUCAUCCAAAUACAAGAGCAAAUUAUUUAGCCUCUCCACUCUUAGUCAUUGCUUACGCCAUUGCUGGAACUGUCGACAUUGAUUUUGAAAAGGAACCGUUGGGUCGCAGAAUUGAUGGCAAAGAAAUCUUCUUACAUGAUAUUUGGCCUACCAGGGCGGAAAUUCAGGCCGUAGAACAAAAACACGUAAUUCCUGCAAUGUUUAAGGAAGUUUAUAGCAAGAUUGAACAAGGUAGUAGUAAUUGGGCUACUUUAACAGCACCUGAAGGAAAAUUGUAUCCUUGGGACGAACAAUCGACAUACAUAAAAAAACCGCCUUAUUUCGACGGACUUACAAGGGAACUUCCAGUAAUAAAACCAAUAUCCAAAGCUCGAGUUCUUUUGAAUCUUGGUGAUUCGGUUACGACUGAUCAUAUUAGUCCAGCAGGAAGUAUCGCGCGUAAUUCCCCAGCAGCAAGAUAUCUUUCUAGUCGAGGGCUGACACCAAAACAGUUCAAUUCCUAUGGUUCACGUAGAGGAAAUGAUGCCGUAAUGGCACGUGGUACAUUUGCCAAUAUUCGAUUGAUGAAUAAAUUUAUAGGCAAAGCUGGACCACGCACGAUUUACAUUCCUACCAAAGAGGAGAUGGACGUUUUUGAUGCAGCAGAAAAGUACAACAAGGAUGGCGUACCGUUAGUCAUUCUGGUGGGCAAGGAAUAUGGAUCCGGCUCGUCCAGAGAUUGGGCAGCAAAAGGACCUUAUUUAUUGGGCAUUAAAGCCGUCAUAGCAGAAUCUUAUGAAAGAAUACAUAGGUCUAACUUAGUUGGAAUGGGUAUCGUUCCUUUACAAUAUCUACCUGGACAAAAUGCCGAAUCCCUUGGUCUUACGGGAUUUGAAUUAUACGAUAUAACCAUUCCAGAGAAUUGUCAACCUGGUCAGAAGAUCACUGUUGGCACCGAUGAUGGAAAGCAAUUCGAAGUUAUUGUACGAUUUGAUACGGAAGUUGACCUCACCUACUUCAAAAAUGGUGGAAUUCUUAAUUACAUGAUCAGAACGAUGAUCUGAUAAGGAUAUACUAUCGUUAAAUUACUUAAUACGAAUUGAUUCCAAAAAUAAUUUAAUCUGAUAAUUAUUUAAUCGAGAUGGGGAUCCAUUUGGUCAGGAGUCUUCGUGUUUAUAAGUUGUUUCUUAAUGGAAAUGGUUGCUAACUUGUUGUAUAGAAAGGAAUUAUGAAAAAAGAUGCAUACAUGAGGUUACCAUAAAAACUCUAAGUUGGAAAAAUCAGAAAAUUGUUUGAAAAUGAUAAUAAUGACACUAUCAUCCGGAGACUGAAUGUAGUUUCUUUUAUUGUUUUAGUGAAAAAAUAGGCUUGUAUCAAAACAAAUAAGUUAUUGUCUAGUUAAUCGGGAAUUAGUGUUAACAAACGACUUUUAUUGGGAAAUUUGGGAAAUGAAAAAAGUAGGCCCUACUUUUAACAAGCUUUGUUAGAAAGAAGAAGUGUCACUUUCCAGUUUUAAGUGUUAUCUAAAUAGAUUUUUAUAUUUUAUCCAAA